AUGGGUUGCUCGGUGACGGGCUGCCAGGAAGGUGAUGAACUUAAAACAGAUCCGUGCACCGUGUGCGGAAAGCUCGUACACCACAUGUGCGCUAUUGCAGUCUUCGAAGGCGCAGAGUCAGCACUGAACGAGAGUUGGGAGGAGGCUCUGUGUAACAAGACGCAUGCCAGCAACGCGAAGGACCAUGCUAAGUUGAAGCACGCGGACCACCCGCUGGCAAUUUUGGCGGACCAGAACCUGACAAGAGGCACCGGUGGCGCUGUUGCAUCGACUACCCCGUCUCCUGGAGCUACUACUGGAGCUACUACUUCUGGUGAAUCAGGUUCGCGCUUCUUUCGAGCCACCGAGAAAACGCUAAACGUCCUCAUCUCGAAGUUUCUGGUCUCUCAAGGGUUACCAUACACCCUCUGCGCAUCUGAGCCUUUUAAGGACGUCAUCCAUGCUGCUACUGGCAACCCUUCAUUUGCAGUUCUGGGUCGCGACAAGCAUGAUCGGCUUUUAAACUGACAAUUUCAGUUGUUUUGCGAGCUUGUAGGAGCAGUACUAUCUACGGAGUAUGAGAAUGCCUGCCAACUCAAGUACCUCAAUCUUAUGCACGACAUUUGGACUUCCAGUGGAAAAGAGAGUAUUGUUGGUGCGUCUGUCGCCUUCAUCGACAGUUCCUGGAGGUUCAGAUUUAUUGCGGUGCUUGCCUGUGUAAAAAAUGACGGGCACAAUGCGCCCAGCGUCGCGAAGGUCAUUGAGAGUACUAUCCAGACAAGGUACAAUGUCGACAUCCGGCGCAUGACUCGAUUCACCAUGUCCGACACGACUCCUUCUGCAAAAAAAUGUUGCCGAUCGCAUCGAUACAGA